GUUAUUGUCUCUGGUUUUCCAUCUCUACAACAUACGUUAGGCAUCUACAAAUUAACAGUAUCAUGAUAUACAACGUCGGCACCCGGCGGUACCGUGUUUCAACCCCACUUGAUGCGUCUAGUCCGUCCUCAACCGAAAGGUUUUGCGCCAAAAAUUCUUUCCAAGGCAGCCAAACCACCAAAACACAUCGCAUAACCAUCACUAUUGCCCGCGCACUGCACAAGUACCUAAUUGGCAGGCAGGGUUCUACCCUUAGUUCAAUUCGGGAGGCAUCGCACUGCAAAGUCACUGUACCACGCGAGAACUCGAAAAGUGACACUGUCGAGCUGGAGGGCAGCGAGGGAGAGAUCCAGAAAGCCCGGGAUCUUAUUGACAAGGUGGUCAAGGAAAACUUGCAAAAGGUGCCAUAUACUCACUUUUUGUCGUUGCCGAUUAGUGACUUGGAUGUGCAGCGUAAGAUCAGUGAGUUCCAGCGCGAUAUACACGGCGAGUAUUUCAAGUCUCUAAGUGAUACCAGCUUCAAUGCACCUGCAUCAAUGCAUGUGACUAUCGGUAUGCUGCGUCUUUUGACAACAUCCGAGAUCAAAGGUGCAGUCAAGCUGCUGAAGUCUCUGCACCAAGAGGUGUACGAUUUGCUGGGCACGCGGUCGCUGGUGGUCAAGGUUGGCAAUCCUGCGGCGAUGGAAGCUAAUCCGAGCAAAGCGCGUAUUAUUUACCUGAAUCUCGAGGAUUUCGAAGACGCACAGCGGCUUGAGAAAGUGUGUGGACUCGUGCGAAGCCGGUUUACGGAUGCAGGACUAAUUGAUGAGGUCCGGCCGUUAAAGAUCCAUGCGACGAUAAUGCGGGCGGCGCAAGACAGCCCCACGACAGCUGAUGAGCCCAGCCAGGCAGCGGAUGACCGGCGUCGAGAUGUCCGCGUAAAUGCAGUGCCGAUGCUUCGCAGGUAUGGAGAGUUGUCAUUUGGAGCGUGCAAGCUUGGGCAGAUACAGAUUGCAAAGCGGUUCCACUUCACGGACACCGGGGCAUACGACAGCGAAGGCGCGAUUCUGCUUCCAUGAAUCCUGUUGUUUUGGUGGGAAAUAAAGGAAAUCAACCGGGUUCACUGUAUUUGGG